AGCACACACACAAUCACAGCAGAAUAGUUCUUGUUCAUUUCUUCACUCUGUUAAGAAAAAGAAAAAGAAAAAGAAAAAGAAACAAAACUCCAAAAACUUUUUCUUUUAAAAAAAUCAAUCUUUUUCCUUCGCUUUACAAAGCUUCCCUGAAUCAUCAUAAGAAGACCCUUGUUUCUUUUUCAUUUUCCAACGAGUGUUUUAAUCGACUAUUUCAUACUUUAAAGAAGAAAAUCAUCAUAAUGGAACCAGAAGUGAAGAGGAAGAAGAAUAAGGAAAACACAGACUUAACUUCAAUGGCAGAAGAAGAAGAAGAAAACGAAGAGAACGAUGAAGAGGAAGAAUCUUCACCACUUCGAUCUAAUUCAAGUAAGGCAACUAAACCCCUUUCUUCAUUUCCUCCUAAAUCACCACAACUACAACCAAUACCAUCACUUCAAAACCCUCCUCCUUCAUCUUAUGUCACUGGUAAAAGAAAACCCUUUUCUCCUCCAUUAAAACCACAAGAAAAUUCUUCAAAUCAAGUGAGACUUCAACCCGAACUAAAGAAACCCUUUUCUCCAUCUCAAUCACCAGAAAUCUCUUUAAAUCCGAUGAAAUUUCAUCCUCCUGAACAAAAGAAAGUCUUCUUCCAUCCUCCGCCACCACCUCCUCAAUCACCACCGCCGGAUAUCCCUUCAUCUCCAUCUCUUGAUGAAGAAAAGAAGAAAUCCUUUUCUCCUACUGCUCCUCUGCCUUCUCAACCGCCACCCUCAGAAAAACCCCAAUCUAAAGCAAUGGUUUCAGUUGGAUGCUCACCAUUACGAUCCCCAAUUGAACAUCAUAAAUAUCAAACAACAACUGAUGCUCCACAAGAUUCAGUUCCAGUACCAAAACCACCAUCACCAGUAAUCGCAGUAAAUCGAUCCAUGAGAGAAGAACUUUCAGUUAUGACUAAAACUGAUAACGGUGAAGAUGGAAAUAGACAUAGAGAAGAUAUUGAAAAUGGUACUGAUCGAAGAAAACCAAAAGUCUUAUCGUCAAUUCUACGUCGAGAAAGUAAAUUAGAAAGAGUGAAGAAAGCUGCUUUAGGGUUUAGGAUUUGUGCGCUUGUCUUCUGUUUGAUUUCGUUCUCAGUCAUGGCUGCUGACAGAACUCAAGGUUGGGCCGGUGAUUCCUUCGAGCGGUACAAAGAAUACCGGUACUGUUUCUCUGUGAAUAUAAUAGCAUUUGUGUACGCUGGUUUUCAAGCAUAUGAUUUGGCAUAUAGUUUGGCUACUGAGAGGCAUGUUAUUCCUCGCAGUUUUGGCUACUUUUUCGAUUUCUUUAUGGAUCAGAUAAUGACAUACCUUUUAAUGUCAGCAUCAUCAUCUGCAGCAACAAGAGUGGAUGACUGGGUAUCAAAUUGGGGGAUGGAUGAGUUUACAAAAAUGGCAACUGCUUCCAUAGGUAUGUCGUUCAUGGCAUUCUUCGCGUUUGCGUUCAGUUCUCUCAUUUCCGGUUGCAAUCUCUGUACACGAGACAGCUACAACUAAUCCCACACAAAGAAGGAAAAAAGAACACCAUUUAUAAAGAAGUGUUGGAGGUAAACAAUUUAAAUUCUUCAGAUGUUCUAUUGUUGUACUCUGAGAUAGAGAGAGAUCACCAUAAAGAAGAACUUCUUUUUUCUUAGCAAGUUAAAUUGAAAUGUGUGUUUUUUGUCUAUACACUAUAAAUACUAGUACAUUCUUGCCCUAGAGAUUAUUAGAUCUAGGAUGUGGUUCAGUAUGUAUUGCUAUUCACUCAAAUUGUGAUAUAUAGAAAGCCUAUAUUUAAGUUCA